AUGGCAGUCCCAAAGGGGAAGCGCAGCAAGCACAAGUGCAAGCAGCGCCAGUUGAUCUACUUCUUUGACCAGUUCGACGGGGUGUUCAAGCGCCGCCGCGAAUCCUUCUAUCGCUCCUUCUACAGCCCUCCGUACUUCUCCAAACUCACCCACCAGACCACCGGCACGCCGUCGGUCCUGAGGCCCUUCAGAUUUCCUGGCUUCUGGCCUGGAAGAUUCGCCUUCAAGAUGGCAACGACCCUCCUGACGCGCGGCCGCGGCCAGUAG